AGAGCCGAGAAUGGGAGAAGAGUGGAGCUUCUAAGCAGCACGCCGGCCUCCUCUCCUCACCUCACCUCGCUCUCGAGGCCUGCCCGUCCCGCCGCCUGCUCGCCGCCCAGAAAAACGUCCACCAUGGCCACCUCCGCGAGCUCCCACCUGAACAAAGGCAUCAAGCAGUUGUACAUGUCCCUGCCUCAGGGCGAGAAAGUGCAAGCUAUGUAUAUUUGGAUUGACGGGACGGGAGAAGGAUUGCGUUGCAAGACCCGGACCUUGGACAGUGAGCCCAAGUGUAUAGAAGAGUUGCCUGAGUGGAAUUUUGAUGGCUCUAGUACCUUUCAGUCUGAAGGCUCCAACAGGGACAUGUAUCUCAUCCCCGUUGUGUUUCGGGACCCUUUCCGCAAGGACCCCAACAAGCUGGUGUUCUGUGAAGUCUUCAAGUACAACCGGAAACCUGCAGAGACCAAUUUGAGGCAUACCUGUAAACGGAUAAUGGACAUGGUGAGCAAUCAGCAUCCUUGGUUUGGAAUGGAGCAGGAGUAUACUCUCAUGGGCACAGAUGGGCACUCUUUUGGUUGGCCUUCCAACGGCUUCCCUGGGCCCCAAGGUCCAUACUACUGUGGCGUGGGAGCAGACAAAGCCUAUGGGAGAGAUAUCGUGGAGGCUCACUACCGAGCCUGCUUGUACGCUGGCAUCAAGAUUGCUGGGACAAAUGCUGAGGUCAUGCCUGCCCAGUGGGAAUUCCAGAUAGGACCCUGCGAAGGAAUCGACAUGGGAGAUCAUCUCUGGGUGGCCCGUUUCAUCUUGCAUCGUGUAUGUGAAGACUUUGGAGUGAUAGCAACCUUUGAUCCUAAGCCCAUUCCUGGGAACUGGAACGGUGCGGGCUGCCACACCAACUUUAGCACCAAGGCCAUGCGCGAGGAGAAUGGUCUGAAGUACAUUGAGGAGUCCAUCGAGAAACUGAGCAAGCGGCACCACUACCACAUCCGAGCCUACGACCCCAAGGGGGGCCUGGAUAACGCCCGGCGCCUGACUGGAUUCCAUGAAACGUCCAACAUCAAUGACUUCUCCGCCGGCGUGGCCAACCGUGGGGCUAGCAUCCGCAUUCCCCGGACUGUCGGCCAGGAGAAGAAGGGUUACUUUGAAGACCGUCGCCCCUCUGCCAACUGUGACCCUUUUUCCGUGACAGAAGCCCUCAUCCGCACAUGUCUUCUCAAUGAAACUGGCGACGAACCCUUCCAGUACAAAAACUAAGUGGACUAGACUUUCAGCCGUCAAACCCCUCCUCAUUCUCCAUCCUGCCUCCAUGUUUGCCCCUCUCUCGACCGUCCUAAUAGCUGUAACUCAAAGAGCGGAAUAUCAAGGUCUUUUUUUAUUCCUCAUGCCCAGUUAAUAUCUCUUUGCUUCCUUUGGCCAGGAUAGAGGGGUCAGGUUCUUAAUCUUUUUACACCCCGGUCCCCCAUCUUUUUUUCCCUGUCACUGAAGCUGUCUAGUACAUUAGUGGGGAGGGGGUGGGGAGGCAUAACCACUGUUUCCAGUUAAUCAGGUGUGUUUGUCCAGUAGGUGUAGCAAUCCGGACAGAGCAUAGUGUUUGUGAAGGGAGGGGGAGGGCUCUUUCUUCCAGGUAGCUGAGUGUUGGGGGAGGGGGGGUUACUUACUUACUCUGGGGUUAGGUUAGGAUUUCCCCCUCUUGGUGGGGAGUUCCUCUUGGUGUCAGGUUAUAACCAACUUUCUGUUAAAAGUGAGACUUAGGAGAGAGCCAGGCAGAAAAAUGCACCCCCGUCCUCCUGGUACAGGGCUUCCCUCACCCAGGUCGAAAUGGCCCUCCCUUGAAGACAAGCUCAGCAUAAGAAUGGAUUGACCUACCUUAGAAGAAGAAGUUCUUAACUGCUUGGUCCUUCAUUUAUAACACAAAGCAGAGUAGUAUUUUUAUAUUUAAAUGUAAAAACAAAAAAAAUUAUAUAUAUGGGUGUGCAGAUAUGUGUGUUUUUUUUCUAAAGGAGGAAGAACAUUCUGGUCACCGGGGAGCCAAACUGGAGACAAAUAGUCUGGUUGGAAAUAAGGGAUCUCUUCUUGAGUGGGGGUGAGGGAGGCAGUGCUUGCAAAGCUGGCUCUCUGGGGCCCUUUGCUGUUCCCUUACUGUCACUGUAGGGUCCUCUGUCCUCUGCCUACUCUUCCGGAGGUGGGGGUGGACACCUGGUCAGGUUGACAGGUGCAGGCACGUUGUGGAAGGAGCGCUCACCUGAGCCCCACAGCUUUGGUUUAAAAGACACACAUGCCCACAUGGAUUUAGAAAUAAGAGUUGGCUGGUCAACUUGAGCAUGUUACUGAUAAGGGGUGAUUGGGAUUAUUUUCUGGUGGGACUAGCAUGUCACUAAAGCAGGCCUUUUGAUAUAUUAAAAUUUUUUAAAAAGCAAAAAAAAAAAAAA